AAAACCCUAAUAAAAACCACAAAUUCAGCCGCCUGAGUCACUCACCUCUCUUGCCAGCCAGCCAAAGACGGAAAACCUCCUCACCUUCCCCGUAAUCUGAUCACAUGUCCUGCAGUAACUGCCGUGCGAGUUCCCUCUGCUCUCUUCGUCGGUCAAUCUCCAGCACGAUUAGUAUUUCAACGACUAUCAUCAUUACUACCCAUUAAGCUUUCCACCUCCAUCUGCACAGGUUCUCGUCGAAAUCAAUUCGACUCGAUUUUAGCUUCUUAAAAAGAUAUCUUUUCAAGCUCAAUCAGAGCCAAGAGUUCUACUUUGUUAUCCGUGUGUGGAAUGGCGACUCUGCUGAGCUACAGUGGGUGCUUGAGAGAAUCUGCUCUCAAGUCUCUGCGUCCCAAUUGCAGCGAUUACCAGAAAAGGAGGAAUGCAAAACUGAGAUCCCCACAAGCAGCUGUAAUGCCCAAUUUCCAUCUUCCUAUGCGCAGUUUUGAAGUCAAAAAUAGAACAUCAGUAGAAGAUAUAAAGUCUCUUAGACUGAUAACGGCUAUUAAAACCCCAUAUCUACCUGAUGGAAGAUUUGAUCUUGAAGCCUAUGAUGACCUUGUGAAUAUGCAAAUUGAAAACGGUGCAGAAGGAGUGAUUGUUGGUGGCACAACUGGUGAAGGCCAAUUAAUGAGUUGGGAUGAACACAUAAUGCUUAUUGGUCACACGGUCAAUUGUUUUGGUGGAUCAAUUAAGGUGAUUGGCAACACAGGGAGCAACUCCACAAGGGAAGCAAUUCAUGCCACCGAACAAGGUUUUGCUGUUGGAAUGCAUGCAGCGCUUCACAUCAAUCCUUACUAUGGCAAAACCUCUCCGGAGGGUUUAGUUUCUCACUUCAGUAGUGUGCUGCCAAUGGGUCCUGCCAUCAUAUACAACGUCCCAUCACGAACUGGUCAAGAUAUUCCCCCACCUGUGAUCUACACCGUGGCACAGAGUUUGAACUUGGUUGGGAUUAAGGAGUGUGUUGGAAAUGACAGGAUCCAAGAAUAUGCAAAUAAUAAAAUUGUGGUAUGGAGUGGGAAUGAUGAUCAAUGUCAUGACGCUAGGUGGCUCCAUGGUGCCACUGGUGUUAUUUCUGUUGCUAGCAACCUCAUUCCAGGAUUGAUGCGGGAACUGAUUUUUGGAGGAAUGAACCCUUCACUGAAUUCAAAAGUUAUGCCUCUAAUUGAGUGGCUCUUUUAUGAGCCAAAUCCCAUUGGCUUAAACACAGCUCUUGCGCAAUUGGGGGUUGUCAGACCAGUUUUCAGGUUACCUUAUGUGCCUCUUCCUCUAGCCAAGAGGGUUGAAUUUGUUAAUCUUGUCAAGGAUAUUGGGCGGGAGAAUUUUGUGGGAAAGAAAGAUGUUCAGGUUCUUAAUGAUGAUGAUUUUAUCUUGGUGGGCCGGUAUUAGUUUUCUAGUUUGUUUCAUGAGAAAUAGAACUCAUGGUGUCCUAUUUAGUUGUUUAAAUGAUGCCUGUACCAGCACCAUUUAGUUGCCAUCCAUGAAAAAUAUGGUUCUUGUUUUUGUUUGGACUAUUUCUCUGUACCUUUAUGUUGUCUCUUGUUCGCAGGUUUAAGCAUUCCGGAAGGAAUCGCGCUGAUUUUUUCAUGGUGUGUUAAGAAUAUAUUUUGGCGGCAUGCCUGUAUCAUGUUACAUUAUUCUGAGAGAAUGUUUCCUCUCUUUCUCUCUCUUUUCUCUCCUCCUUCUCUCUCUUUUAUUUAUUUUUUUUUUCUUCCUUCCCUGGAACCCCAAAGGUCUCAUGGAAUCUAUGUUA